AUGGAGGAGCAAUACAUUUCCAAACUCCAUCCUGCAGUGGAUUAUGGAGCUGGAGUCUUUCUUCUGAUCAUAGCCAUCCUGACCAUCCUUGGAAAUUCAGCCGUCCUUGCUACAGCCGUGAAGCGCUCGUCCCUCCUCAAGUCACCGGAGCUGCUUACAAUCAACUUGGCAGUAGCAGACAUCGGGAUGGCAAUCAGCAUGUAUCCACUGGCCAUUGCAUCUGCCUGGAACCAUGCUUGGCUGGGAGGAGAUGCCUCCUGCAUGUAUUAUGCCCUGAUGGGUUUCCUUUUUGGGGUCUGCAGCAUGAUGACCCUGUGUGCCAUGGCUGUGAUUCGAUUCCUUGUUACCCAUUCAUCCAAAUCUAACAGUAACAAAAUCACCAAGAACACUGUUCGCAUCUUGAUAACAUUCAUCUGGCUCUACUCCCUGCUCUGGGCCAUUUUGCCCUUGGUAGGCUGGGGCUACUAUGGCCCUGAGCCAUUUGGCAUCUCUUGUACAAUAGCCUGGGGCAAAUUCCACAACUCCUCCAAUGGCUUUUCAUUCAUCCUGAGCAUGUUCCUCCUCUGCACAGUCUUGCCUGCACUGACCAUCGUUUCCUGUUACUUGGGGAUUGCCUGGAAAGUUCACAAAGCAUACCAAGAGAUCCAGAAUAUUGACAGGAUCCCUAAUGCAGCUAAACUGGAGAGGAAGCUGACACUGAUGGCCGUGCUCAUCUCAGUUGGGUUCCUGAGCUCAUGGACACCAUAUGCAGCAGCUAGCUUCUGGUCCAUAUUUAACUCCAGCAAUUCCCUCCAGCCCAUCCUCACGCUGCUGCCUUGUCUGUUUGCCAAAUCCUCCACGGCUUACAACCCCUUCAUUUACUACGUCUUCAGCAAAACUUUCCGCCAGGAAAUCAAACAGCUGCAGUGCUGCUGUGGCUGGCAAGUUCAUUUCUUCAGCACCAACAGCUCUGCUGAAAACCCUGUGCUGAUGAUGUGGAGUGGGAGAGACAGCGCUCGUCCCUCCUCAGCUGCAAAGCUGGAGAACCAGGGAGCUGCCACCAGCUGA